AUGACUCGAUCAAUCUAUCUUUCUGCCGACGGCCAGCUCAGUGUUACUGAGAAGCCCGAGGACUACGUGCCCCAGAAGUCUCAGGCGCUCAUCUCCGUCAAAUACUCGGGUGCCAAUCACUGUGAUCUAACAUUCUUUCAUUUUGGGCUGAACUCUUUUACCACGGGCUUUGAGUUUGCCGGUAUCGUCGAGUCUACAGGUCCUGAAUCCGACUUGAAGGUUGGUGAUUCAGUAUUGGGAAUUUCUCCAGUGUGUUUCCCUCAGCCUUCAUCAUUCGGCGCGCAUCAGGACAACGCAAUUGUGGAGGACAGGCUAGCCUACAGGGUCCCAGCUGGUCUAGAACUGAAGGACGCUGCAGCUGUAGCGAUGGGGGCUCACACUGCCGUUGAUGCCAUCUUCAACGUACUUGGCUUUGGCCUACCAGCUGCUGGUGUCACUGGGGCAGACCCGACAAACCACCCAAUCAUUAUCUGGGGUGGCGCCAGCAGCGUUGGAGUGGCGGCCAUUAAGCUAGCCAAGGUGGCUGGCUUCAACCCUAUCAUUGUAACCGCCUCGUCCAAGAAUCACACCGCCCUUCAGGAUGUGGGGGCCACCCACUGUUUCGACUACCAGAGUCCUACCAUUACAGAGGAUAUUCGCGCUACUGUCAGAGAGCUCGGGGUGACUUUGAGCACUGGUUUCGACACUGUCGGUAAAGGCGUUGUUAUUCCCGACUUCGACACUGAAAAGACCUCGCCCGCACUGCUCCGCAAGAGCUUAUCCGAAGAUGUCUCAGCUGACUCUCUCAAACUCGCCUGCACGCUUCCCGUUCGUCAUGAUCCAGCUUUCGGUUUCUGCACCUCGUACAGACCCCCCGGUGACAUUGGAGCGAUGGGCCACCCUCAGAAUCCCGAGUUCCCAAUCCGCACCCGCAAGAUCAUGGACUAUUACUUGAGUGCUGUCGAGAGAGUACCGACACAUCCCAAUGUUGUGAUAGUGAAGGGCGGUGAGGCGGGCAUAAAGGCUAUCCAAAAGGUGGCUAGUGGGGGCGCUUCCUUUGAGAAGCUGGUUGUCGAGCACCCCAUUUAG